AUGUUCUGGGCCAAGACUCUGUAUAACCCUCGGGAGCCCAGAACAUUGUAUAACCCUCGGGAACCAAGAACAUUGUAUAACCCUCGGGAACCAAGAACAUUGUAUAACCCUCGGGAACCAAGAACAUUGUAUAACCCUCGGGAACCAAGAACAUUGAAUAACCCUCAGGAACCAAGAACAUUGUAUAACCCUCGGGAACCAAGAACAUUGUAUAACCCUCGGGAGCCCAGAACACCGUAUAACCCUCGGGAACCAAGAACAUUGUAUAACCCUCGGGAGCCAACAACACCGUAUAACCCUCGGGAGCCAACAACACCGUAUAACCCUCGGGAGCCAACAACACCGUAUAACCCUCGGGAGCCAACAACACCGUAUAACCCUCGGGAGCUCAGAACACCGUAUAACCCUCGGGAGCCAACAACACUGUAUAACCCUCGGGAGCCAACAACACCGUAUAACCCUCGGGAGCCAACAACACCGUAUAACCCUCGGGAGCCCAGAACACCGUAUAACCCUCGGGAACCAAGAACACCGUAUAACCCUCGGGAACCAAGAACAUUGUAUAACCCUCAGGAGCCAACAACAUUGUAUAACCAUCGGGAGCCAAGAACAUUGUAUAACCUUCGGGAACCAAGAACACUGUAUAACCCUCGGGAACCAAGAACAUUGUAUAACCCUCAGGAGCCAAGAACAUUGUAUAACCCUCGGGAACCAAGAACAUUGUAUAACCCUCGGGAGCCAAGAACAUUGUAUAACCCUCGGGAGCCAAGAACAUUGUAUAACCCUCGGGAACCAAGAACAUUGUAUAACCCUCAGGAGCCAAGAACAUUGUAUAACCCUCGGGAACCAAGAACAUUGUAUAACCCUCGGGAACCAAGAACAUUGUAUAACCCUCGGGAGCCAAGAACAUUGUAUAACCCUCAGGAGCCAACAACAUUGUAUAACCAUCGGGAGCCAAGAACAUUGUAUAACCUUCGGGAACCAAGAACACUGUAUAACCCUCGGGAACCAAGAACAUUGUAUAACCCUCAGGAGCCAAGAACAUUGUAUAACCCUCGGGAACCAAGAACAUUGUAUAACCCUCGGGAGCCAAGAACAUUGUAUAACCCUCGGGAGCCAAGAACAUUGUAUAACCCUCGGGAACCAAGAACAUUGUAUAACCCUCGGGAGCCAAGAACAUUGUAUAACCCUCGGGAACCAAGAACAUUGUAUAACCCUCGGGAACCAAGAACAUUGUAUAACCCUCGGGAGCCAAGAACAUCGUAUAACCCUCGGGAGCCCAGAACAUUGUAUAACCAUCGGGAACCAAGAACACUGUAUAACCCUCGGGAACCAAGAACACUGUAUAACCCUCGGGAGCCAACAACACCGUAUAACCCUCGGGAACCAAGAACACUGUAUAACCCUCGGGAGCCAAGAACACUGUAUAACCCUCGGGAACCAAGAACAUUGUAUAACCCUCGGGAACCAAGAACAUUGUAUAACCCUCGGGAACCAAGCACAUUGUAUAACCCUCGGGAACCAAGAACAUUGUAUAACCCUCGGGAACCAAGAACAUUGUAUAACCCUCGGGAACCAAGAACAUUGUAUAACCCUCGGGAGCUCAGAACACCGUAUAACCCUCGGGAGCCAAGAACACUGUAUAACCCUCGGGAGCCCAGAACAUUGUAUAACCCUCGGGAGCCAAGCACAUUGUAUAACCCUCGGGAGCUCAGAACACCGUAUAACCCUCGGGAGCCAAGAACACUGUAUAACCCUCGGGAGCCCAGAACAUUGUAUAACCCUCGGGAACCAAGCACAUUGUAUAACCCUCGGGAACCAAGAACAUUGUAUAACCCUCGGGAACCAAGAACAUUGUAUAACCCUCGGGAACCAAGAACAUUGUAUAACCCUCGGGAGCUCAGAACACCGUAUAACCCUCGGGAGCCCAGAACACCGUAUAACCCUCGGGAGCCAAGAACACUGUAUAACCCUCGGGAGCUCAGAACACCGUAUAACCCUCGGGAGCCCAGAACACUGUAUAACCCUCGGGAGCUCAGAACACCGUAUAACCCUCGGGAACCAAGAACAUUGUAUAACCCUCGGGAACCAAGAAAAUUGUAUAACCCUCGGGAGCCCAGAACACCGUAUAACCCUCGGGAACCAGGCACACCGUAUAACCCUCGGGAGCCAACAACACUGUAUAACCCUCGGGAGCCAAGAACACUGUAUAACCCUCGGGAACCAAGAACAUUGUAUAACCCUCGGGAACCAAGAACAUUGUAUAACCCUCGGGAACCAAGCACAUUGUAUAACCCUCGGGAACCAAGAACAUUGUAUAACCCUCGGGAACCAAGAAUAUUGUAUAACCCUCGGGAGCUCAGAACACCGUAUAACCCUCGGGAGCUCAGAACACCGUAUAACCCUCGGGAGCUCAGAACACCGUAUAACCCUCGGGAACCAAGAACAUUGUAUAACCCUCGGGAACCAAGAACAUUGUAUAACCCUCGGGAGCCCAGAACACCGUAUAACCCUCGGGAACCAGGCACACCGUAUAACCCUCGGGAACCAAGAACAUUGUAUAACCCUCGGGAACCAAGAACAUUGUAUAACCCUCGGGAGCCAACAACACUGUAUAACCCUCGGGAGCCCAGAACAUUGUAUAACCCUCGGGAGCCCAGAAAACUGUAUAACUCUCGGGAGCCAACAACACUGUAUAACCCUCGGGAGCCAACAACAUUGUAUAACCCUCGGGAACCAAGAACACUGUACAACCCUCGGGAGCCAAGAACAUUGUAUAACCCUUGGGAACCAAGAAGAUUGUAUAACCCUCGGGAGCCCAGAACAUUGUAUAACCCUCGGGAACCAAGAACAUUGUAUAACCCUCGGGAACCAAGAACAUUGUAUAACCCUCGGGAACCAAGAACAUUGUAUAACCCUCGGGAACCAAGAACACUGUACAACCCUCGGGAACCAAGAACAUUGUAUAACCCUCGGGAACCAAGAACAUUGUAUAACCCUCGGGAACCAAGAACACUGUACAACCCUCGGGAACCAAGAACAUUGUAUAACCCUCGGGAACCAAGAACAUUGUAUAACCCUCGGGAACCAAGAACAUUGUAUAACCCUCGGGAACCAAGAACAUUGUACAACCCUCGGGAACCAAGAACAUUGUAUAACCCUCGGGAACCAAGAACACUGUAUAACCCUCGGGAACCCAGAACACUGUAUAACCCUCGGGAACCAAGAACAUUGUAUUACCCUCGGGAACCAAGAACAUUGUAUAACCCUCGGGAACCAACACAAUCACAGAAACUUCGAAUAAAGAAGUACGUCCAGGGAACUAAGGACUAG